AUGGCUAUCUUUUCAUCUUUAGCAUCGUUCUUUAAUCGUCAUAAGAGGAAGAUAAUUAUUACUACUACUUUAACUAUUUCCGCAUAUUAUUUGGUUAAUCAAUUUAUAAUUAAGAAAUUCAGAGAUUAUCAAAAUGCAUUGAGGCAAGAGUUGAUCUUCAAACAACAAAUCAAACAACGAUUCAUUCAAACCCAACAAGAUUGUUAUUAUACUAUAUUGGCGUUGUUGCCGGUAUUAACAUCACCUAUUAUUGAACAUUUACCAGUUGAGUUGAUCACUCAAGCUUUGAGAUUGAAGAAGAAUAACCCCUUACCUCAACAACAGCAACAAGUUCAAUCAUCUUCAGGUCCAAAUAAUCCUAAUAGUACCAUCAAUUCCGAAUUGACGGCUGAUAAUUUAAAUCUAUUAGAUAAUAAUAAUUCUAAUAAUCAAUCUAAAUUGAACGUUUAUUUAAAUAAAUCAAAAGUUGAAUUAUGGAAUAUAUUGAAGAUUCAAACUAUUACUAGAACCUUAACUUUAAUUUAUUCAAUUUCUGGUUUAUUAUUAGUUACAAGAUUACAAUUGAAUAUUCUUGCUAGAAGAUCAUAUUUAGAAUCAGCUAUUUUAAUGGCAGGGGUUAAACAACCUACUAAUCCCAACAUCAAUUCUCAUGAUAAUUACAUUGUUGAACAAAGUUAUUUAUCAUUAAGUUGGUGGUUAUUGAAUAAAGGAUGGUUAAAUUUAAAUUCUUAUAUUGAACCUAUUGUGAUUGAAACUUUUUCAAAUAUAAAUCCCAAGACGGAAUUAACCAUUGAUCAAUUUAAUUUAUUAUUACAACAAUUAAUCAAACAAAUUAAUUUCAAUUUCAAGGAUAAUAUCUUAAAGAAUUUAUUUCCUAAUAAUUAUGAUGAUUUAAUUGAAACCAUUUUAAAUACAAAUCCAAGUUUAACUAAUCAAUUGGAUUUACCUGAUUCAAACUUCACCAAAUUAAUCAGUGAAACAAGUCAUAUCAUGAUUAAUGAUACUUAUUUUUUUAAUUUAUAUAAUAAUUUAGUAUUAAAUGGGUUAAGUACUUUAAUUGCCAAUUUAUCAUUAAAUUUAAACCAUGGAAAUGGUUCAACCAGUUUAUUGAUUUCAUCCGGUAAUUUGAAAGAUGAUACAAAUACCAUUAAUACGUUAAAUCAAACCAAAUCAUUUAAAUUGGCUAGUUAUUUAGCUCAAUUGUCAAUUCAAAAUGGAGUUUUGAUUGAUAAUGAUAAUUUAAGAGAUAUUAAUGAAUUUGGCUAUAAUGAUGAUUAUGACCUUGAUGGUGAUAAUCUUACUAAACAUCUUAAUGAAGAAGACAUUGAAGGAUUUAUAAACAAUCUUGCUAAUAAUGAAGGUAUAUUUAAUAAGAGUGGUAAUGGUGAUGGUAAUAACAAUGGAAAUAAUUUAUCAGGAAAUAUGUAUCUUAAUACUUUGAAUGAAGUUGAAGAAUUGGAUGAUUUUAGUGCUGGAAUCUAUUCGAAUUUUGAAUAG